UGACUCACUCCUGAUGUAUUUUUCACACUUCUUCAACUGAUGUCUCAAACUUCCCAGAGUUCAUUGCUGUUGGUUAUGUGAAUGGCCUUCAGAUCACUCAUUAUGACAGUAACACAAAGAGAGCAGUGCCCAAACAGGAGUGGAUGAAGAGGAUCACAGAGGAGGAUCCACAGUACUGGGACACACAGACUCAGAUCAGUUUGAACAAUGAGCAGUGGUACAAAGUCAACACUGAAAUAGUGAAACAGCGCCUCAACCAGACUGAAGGCUCUCACAUGUUGCAGAGGAUGGUCGGCUGUGAAUGGGACGAUGAGACCGGUGACAUAAAUGGAUGGGUUCAGUACGGUUUUGAUGGAGAAGAUUUUAUCGCCUUUGACCUGAAGACUGAGACUUUUGUGGCUCCGAGAUCAGAGGCCGUCAUCACCAAACACAAGUGGGAGAGAAGUGGAGAGGCUGUUCGACAGAAAAACUACAUCACCCACCGUUGUGUUGAGUAUCUGAAGAAAUACUUGAAAUAUGGACAGAGCACCAUUAUGAGGAAAGAGCUCCCUCUGGUGUCCUUCCUGCAGAAGACUCCCUCGUCCCCGGUCACCUGCCACGCCACAGGCUUCUACCCCGACAGAGCCAUGCUGUUCUGGACCAAAGACGGAGUGGAGCUGCACGAGGGCGUGGACCCCGGGGAGAUCCUGCCCAAUCACGACGGGACCUUCCAGAUGAGUGUGGACCUGGACAUGUCCCACCUGUCCUCUGUCCCACCUGAGGACUGGGGACACUUCGGGUGCAUGUUCCAGUUGUCUGGAGUUCCAGACAUGCCCACCAAGCUGCACCCAGACCUGAUCAUGAGCAACGCAAAGAAGAACACAGAUGCAGUUACAGUUGGAGUUGCUGUUGCCGUGGGCGUUCUUGUUGUAGCUCUUCUUCUUGCUGCUGGAUUUGUUGUGUACAGAAAGUGUAAAGCCAAACAGCUCACACCUCCUCCCAGUGAACCAGAUGUCGACAAAGUACUGAUGAAAGCCUCAACAUAAAAGGAAGAGGCUGAACAAGCACUUGAUCCUAAACCAGAGUGACAUGUGAGCCGUUUGAUGAGCUGUUCUAAUGAUCCUGAUCAUUUUAUGAACAGCAUUUGGUUUGAUUUGAAGAUCUUUUUUUCUAGUUUUACUGUAGUUUGAUUGACAAGAGUAAAACUUUAGCGUGAACACUGAAUCAUAUCAUCGACUUUGAGCGACGCUUUUGAAAUAAGCCUUUAAGAUGCUCUCCUUAAAUCACAAGUUUUAUCUAGUUGAAUCUGCAUUGAAGAGUUGUCAUAUCAUGUCUUUCAUUCUGUGUGUUCUGAAACAUUUAUUUGAAGGAGCUUUAUAAUAGUUAGUAUAGAUAUAGAUUAGAUUAUAGAUUUAAUAGAUUAAGUUGUUUUGCCUACAAUAAUCUCCAUUUGUUUAAAAAAUAUAUAUACAGGAUCAUAAUCUUCCAGGAGCAACAAAUUAUAAAAACUAACAAAAAAAAAGCAGAAAUCCUAAUUUAAUAUGAAUAGGCAAACACUUAUUCCUCAAAUUGAUUCUGAAAUAAAUAAAUAAAUACAUGAUCAGGUUUUUGACCAAUACUAUAUUGAUAUCUCUGGUACUAUUGGGAAAUACAUUUGUAAUUCAUCACUUCUCGAUCAAUAUCAUCAAUGGUUCUGUUUAAUUAAUUGUAAAUAUGCCACAGUACAUGAAGUUGUAUUUUUUGCUACAAAGUUAAAUUUUGUUAUUUCUUUAAACUCACGUUCUAGUUGUCUAAAUAGAUUUGUUUGGGCUUUGACAUAGAGAGGGGUAUUUAUAAUGUAUUUUUAAGAUGUGUGGUUGUUUUUAAUUUGCUUUAAGAAAUAUUUUGAUUAAUGAAAUCUGAAGAUGCGCUUUUCCUUUGCUUUAAAUAAAAAAUACAAUCAGAA